AUGACUACUUUAAGUCUCUUCAACUCUUUCGAGGACGAGCGUUCUUUCCGCGAACUUUCAUUCAAAUGGUCGGUGGCGUGGGAUAAAAAGGAUCUAUCAACUUUUCUUGCAAUAACAGCACCAGAGAUAGUUGCAGACUACUCCGACUUUCCUGCUGUGGGGACAGUUCGAAAGUGCCCUCCCAAGCAAUUCUUCGAGAACGCCUUCAGGAUACAAGGCUUGGGGCAUCCAGACCUCAAAACUCAGCACCUCCUUGGUAGUAGCAUGUUCACGCGCACUAGCGCCUCAGAAGCCAAAGGAAUUUGGCAAGUUCGCGCAUGGCACGUGAGAGAAUUUUCCGAUGGACAUAUUGGCGAGUGGGAUAACAGCUCGUUUGUGGAGUUCACGUACGUCAAGAUACAGGGUGGAGAUUGGAAGCUCAAAGGAUGGAGGCCGCAUGGUGGACUUGCCAUGAUCGGCAAGCACGACGAUGUAAUUGGGAAAGCGGCGAACAACCUUACUAAGUAUACGCCGAAGGGUUUCUCAAGGAACAUCAAUACCGGUCCAACAACUUCCAGCGAUGUCAAGUUGAUCGAUUUCUACCCGUUUGAGGAUAUCGAGUCGAUCUCGCCUCGUCCUGUGAUGUUCGUUGCGCGUAAUCAGGCACAUUCGAGUGAGUUUAGCGACAUUGCUUUUGCAAGGGUGCGUGAGCCGAAGGAGAUGGUUUGGAUAUUGACAGCUGGGCAUGUUGAUCUUUACGAUAGCGUAGAGCUCAUUCCGUUUGCGACGCUUACAAAGUUUUCCAAGAACAAUCUACACUAG